AUGUCUUCCAAGGUCGGCCUUGUUUCCACCUCCACAGAUGGUUCUUCUGUGGGACACAAUUGGGUAAUGGCUGGCCAUGGUCUGCAUGGUGGGCCUUCUGAGGUGCGAAGUUGCCCUGGAGCUACACCCGGGGUAACGGGACCGUCUGGCGUCCUCAGCGGGCCUUCAGGCGGAGGUAGCUUGGUCUCUUCCUCGGGGGUUACUCUGACUACCUGGGGGGGAGGUGGACGUGGUAGCGCACCUGGAAUUUUCGGGGCUGGGCAUGCCUACCCGUUGGUCUGUAGGCCCUCUUUGGACAAUAUAAUUGUCAUCUACUCCAUCAUAAUGGGCUUCAUUCGAGCUAUUGAGGCAGAAACCGGGGGUACUUCCAGUCAAUUGCGCCACUUUAUUACUGAAUUUAUUGAGGUAACUUACCUUCCUGAGACCACCUCUCGACUGUUGGCCCGGAUGAACUCAGCUCUCGGUGGUAAGCAUGCCAUAGAUUUUGUCACAUCAUGUAACGUGGCUAUUUAUGUGUGUCAUCGUUAA